UUCUCGUUAUAUACAUCUAGGGUUUUUUUCAACGUCCCUCCUUCCAGCCUCUCACUACCAGGAAACUGUACAUCUGCUUGAGCUACUUUGAAUCAGAGAGAUGGGCGAGGAGGUCAAAACCGGUGUAUUAGUUCCUGAGUCGGUUUUGAAGAAGCAGAAGAGGGCCGAUGAAUGGGCCCUUGCAAAGGUAAACGAGCUUGCAUUAGCAAAGACGAAGAAAGUUGCCGACAGAAAGUUGAUAUGCAAAAAAGCAAGGCAGUAUGCUGAGGAGUAUGAAAAACAGGCGAAGGAGUUGAUUGAUUUGAAGCGUGAAGCAAGAUUGAAGGGUGGCUUUUACGUAAACCCAGAAGCAAAACUUUUGUUCAUUAUCAGAAUCCGUGGUAUUAACGCCAUGCACCCGACAACCAAGAAAAUCUUGCAGCUUCUGAGACUACGACAGAUAUUUAAUGGGGUCUUUUUGAAAGUUAACAAAGCAACAAUGAACAUGCUUCACAGAGUCGAGCCUUAUGUUACUUACGGGUACCCCAACCUUAAAAGUGUCAAGGAGUUGAUCUACAAGAGGGGUUACGGAAAAGUCAACAAGCAGAGAAUCCCUUUGACCGACAAUUCUGUCGUCGAGCAGGUGUUGGGCAAGCAUGAAAUAAUUUGCAUGGAAGACCUCAUACAUGAAAUCUUGACUGUGGGACCCCAUUUCAAGGAAGCAAACAACUUUCUAUGGCCAUUCCAAUUGAAGGCGCCGUUGGGUGGAUUGAAGAAGAAGAGGAACCAUUACGUUGAAGGUGGUGAUGCUGGCAAUCGCGAAGACUACAUUAACGAGCUUAUUCGAAGGAUGAACUGAUUUUCUUUUUUUUUUUUUCUUUUUUUUUUUUGUGGCAAUUUUUGUUUACUGAAAUGAGGUUUUUUUGGUGAAAUUUUGAACGUCUAGGGUAUUUAAGUCAUUUUGAAUAUUAUUUUCGUCUUUCAAUUUUGGCGUUUGCUUUUGAGCUAUGGAUCUCGAAAUAGAAACAAUUGUUCAACUUCUUUUCUGAGAGAUGGUUAUUUAAUUAAGUUGGAAAAUUUAUGAGAUUACAA